AUGGAACUGGCACAAUCACUUAUUGACCACGGAAAUUGUCAAAACUCUGUGCUUACUGCCCUAGAACAACCUAAAGAGAACAACAACAAUAGCAAGAAGAAGGGUUGGAACAAAAGGGAGGGAAAAUCUCCUCUGGACCCUUCAAAGAAGCAACAAGUAGUGGCAAUCCAUGCCACUACUGUACCUACUACCAUACCUGCUAUUGUGCCUGCUGUUGCCCCUAAUAACCUAACACCAACUAAGCCCUAUGUUGGUAGCCUCCCUAAAUGCAACAAGUGCAAUUUUCACCACACUGGAAAUUGUCAAGAAAUGCAGUGUCGUAACUGCAACAGGAAAGGGCAUAGUGCCCGAUUCUGUAAAACACCACCUCAACCACUUAACCAAGUACCUGCCGCUGGAGUAGGUCGAGCAUGCUACCAAUGCGGGGAUGUGGGGCAUUUCAAUAGAGAUUGUCCAAAAGCUGGAAAUGUCGAUGGGGUUGGGUGA